GUUUCAGUGUUCGUUUACAAAAAAAAAAAAACCCCUUUGAACAUAAAACACCAAAACCUCACCUUCUCACACACUUAUCUGCAAACACUCCUCAACAUCCACUUCCUCUCUCACCUUUAUCCCUCUCAUGGCUAACGACGACGACUCACCCGAACUCACUGAGUCGCAGGAGCAACAGGAAGACCCGAGUGAAGACCAACAAUCACCCAAUGCGGAGGAUGAAGAAAUUGGCUCCGGCUCUGACUCGGACUCAUCUUCCGAAUCCUCCGGCGCCGAUUACUACAUCUCCGAGUCCGAGAACGAAGCUGAAGGCGAUAGCGCCAUCCUCAACUACGUUCGAGCAAGCGACAUACCUCCCGAUCCCAACGCUAACCCGGAGACCAACAUCCGCCGAUUCAAUCGCGUGCUCGACGGCAAGCGCGUGAAGCGUCUGCAGGAGGAAGAAGAAAACAAGUACACGUUCUACGAGGAUCUCUUCGAUUUCCCCAGGGACCCGGAAAGGUGGAAGGAAGAGGAUCUCAGGGAGGUUUGGGCGGAUGCUCCAUUGCAGAUGACGAAACCUGGUUGGGACCCGGUUUGGGCCGACGAGGAGGAUUGGGAUGUCGUCAACGACGAGAUUCAGGAAGGUCGAGAUCCUGGGAUUCAGCCUUUCUAUGUCCCGUACAGGAAGCCGUACCCAGCGAUUCCAGAUAAUCACUAUGAUAUUGAGAACGCCAAAGGUGUUGUUGAGGAGCUUGAUAGGAUUGAGGAGUUUCUUCAAUGGGUCAGCUACAUUUUCCCUGACGGAAGCUCGUACGAAGGCACUGUCUGGGAUGACUUGGCUCAAGGCAAAGGUGUUUAUAUUGCUGAAGAUGGGCUUGUGAGGUAUGAGGGUGAAUGGCUUCAGAAUGAUAUGGAAGGUCACGGGGUUGUAGAAGUUGAUAUUCCUGACAUUGAGCCCAUGCCAGGUUCCAAGCUUGAAGCUAAGAUGCGUGCUGAAGGAAGGAUUAUCAAGAGAGAUUUUAUGAGUCCAGAAGACAGAAAGUGGUUGGAAAUGGAUGUUGAGGACAGUGUUGCACUUACUGAUGGAAAUUACGAAGUUCCUUUUUAUGAAAACCAAGAGUGGGUCAAGCAGUUUGGUGAAAAACCGGAGAAAGGUCGGUAUCGCUAUGCUGGUCAAUGGAAGCACGGUAGAAUGCAUGGCUGUGGCGUCUACGAAGUUAAUGAACGCAUCCUACAUGGUAGAUUUUACUUUGGUGAGCUAUUGGAGGAGGAGCAUGGCUGUACCGUAGAUGUUUGUGCGCUGCAUUCUGGUUUGGCGGAGGUGGCUGCAGCCAAGGCUCGAAUGUUUGUAAACAAACCCGACGGAAUGGUUAGAGAAGAGAGGGGCCCAUAUGGUGAUCCUCAGCAUGCUUAUUUUUAUGAAGAAGAUGAUGUGUGGAUGGCGCCGGGUUUCAUUAACCAAUUUUACGAAGUACCGGAGUAUUGGGAAACCUACGUAGACGAGGUGGAUCAAGAAAGGGAAAUGUGGUUGAACUCUUUUUACAAAGCCCCUCUGAGGUUACCGAUGCCCGCUGAGCUCGAACAUUGGUGGGAAAAUGUGGAGGUGACACCGGAGUUCGUCUUACUGAACAAAGAACCCGAACCUGAUCCACAAGAUCCUUCGAAACUUGUCCAGAAAGAGGACCCUGUUAUUUUACAUACACCAACAGGUCGGAUUAUCAACUAUGUAGAGGAUGAAAAGCACGGCGUUCGACUAUUUUGGCAGCCUCCUCUGGAGGAAGGAGAAGAUGUGGAUCCUUCAAAAGUCGAGUUUUUGCCACUUGGGUUCGAUGAGUUCUAUGGGAAAGAAGUGGCGGUGAAAAAGGAACACCCGGUGAAAAGAUUCGUACUUGGAAUAGAGAAAGCGGUGAAGCCGAUGCUUGAUGGAUUAGAGAAAUGGACAGAGGAGAAAAGGAGAGCAAACGAGGAGAGAAAGGAGAUAUUACAGAAGGAGCUUGAGCUAGUAGAGGCUGAGAUUUGCUUAGAGGAAGCUAUAGAGGAUAUGGAUGAGGAACUGAAGAGGAAAGAACAAGAAGAGGAAAAGAAAACUGAAAUGGGUUUGACUGAAGAGGAUGAAGAUGUUUUUGUCCCGGUUCAUAAAGAAGAGAAAGUUGUCACUGCCAAAGAGAAGAUACAAGAGAAGAAGAAACAGGAAGAGGAAUCCAAAGAUGAUGAUGACGGUGAUGAUGAUGAUGAAGGCAGAGAUGAGGAUGACGAUGAUGAUGAUGACGAUGAUGAUCUUGGACCAUCGAGUUUUGGAUCCGUGGACAAACGAAGUAGGAAUUCUCCUUUUUCGUCAUCCUCAUUGUCUUUUGCUUCGUGUACCCUCUUUCCCGCAGUACAAUCAAGACUAGAGAGAUCGUUUCUAGCAUGGAAGCAACACCGAGCAGAGACCUCAAAACCGAACACAGGAAUCAUCACAGGUGCAGUUAACGCAUCAGCUUCAGUCCAUUAUCCUCCAUUGUCGAGUAACAAAGCCAUAUUGAAGAUGGGAAAAGUAUCAAACCCGGGUUGUGUUCAGAGAAGCUAUAGAAGCGCAAGAUCUCAGUCUCAGUUAGUGUCUCUAUCGCGUCUACUAUCUUGCAAUGCGUCAUCAUGUUCUUCUCCUGAUAUCAGCUCCGGUGAAGACCUCAGAAAACAAGAUCAAUGUGGGCUCUGGAGUACACCGGUUGGGGAAAUGGGUGCGGUUUUGUCGCUUCAGGUUCAGACAAAGUGUUCUAGAGCUGAAGUUAUGGUUGGGACGCCUCUUAAAGUUCAGCCUGAUGAAGAAUGCCUUGUCCACAUUUCUCAGGCAUCGCUUGAUAAAGGGAAAAAGGGAGAAUCUGUGCUCUUGUAUGUGAAGGUUGAUGGGAUUAAGCUUGUUAUUGGAACUCUUUCAGAAGGAAACAUUCCUCAGAUUAGCUUUGAUCUCGUCUUUGAGAAAGAGUUUGAGCUUUCCCACAGCUCCACUGUAGGAAAGGAGGAGGAAGAGGUGAUUCCUGCAGCUGUCGCUGCUAAUGGAAACUCUAGACCUGCUGUUGUGAAGGCUGAGUCAAAACCAAAGGCCAAGCCUGCAGAAGUCAAGCCUGUGGAGGUGAAGCCUGAAUCAGACGAGUCAGACGACGAUUCAGACUCGGAAGAUGACUCUGGAAAUGAUGAAUCCGACUCUGAGAAAGCGAUGGAUGUUGACUCAGACGAUUCAGAUGAAGAGGAUUCAUCAGAAGAAGAAGAAGAGGAGACCCCUAAGCAGCCUGAGCCGAGCAACAAGAAGAGGGUGAAUGAGUCUGGAUCCAAAGCACCUGUCUCAGCAAAGAAAGCAAAAGCAGCGGCACCAGCAGCAGUUACUCCUCAGAAGACGGAAGAGAAGAAGAAAGGAGGGCACUCAGCUACACCACACCCAGCUAAAAAGGGUGGUAAGGGUCCUUUCAACGCUAACCAGAGCCCCAAGUCUGGUGGAGGACAAUCAUCCGGUGGUUCUAACAAGAAGCAAUUCAACUCUGGCAAGCCGCAUGGUGGUUCUAACAGCAACAAGGGCAAAGGAAAGGGCAAGGGCAGAGCCUAAGUGAGGUCGAGCAAUGGUGUGGAAGGUUUUUGUUUUUUAAAGUAGAUGAUAAUUCAAAGGUGCUUUGGGAGCUAAGAGGAGAGAGAGACCGCUUUUAUUUUUAUUUUUCUUUAUCUUAAGACUUUAUCAAAAAGGUCUAUUUUGAGUAGUUGCAAUUUGAACUCUUUAUGUAAUCAAAAUUGCUUAAACGUUUGGAUUGCAAUCAUGAAAUUAGUAUCCUAUAUCAGUUUACUGUUUAACCGAAAAGCUCUCAAUUCUCAGUGUAUAAAACACAAAAACUCGGAUUUGAUUUUGGUACUAAUGGUGUUAAAGAACAUAAACAUUAUUUUGAA